GUCACCCCACGCUGCGCGUAUUAAUGGCGUCCACUUGAAUAGGCAUUAUUCAAAGCAACAACAAAAAGGCACCUCAAAUCCACUCGACGGACUUGUGUGUGUCUCUAUGCUAGCAUCCUUCCCCAUCGCUGUCAUUCAAUGUAUUUUUACGACAGGGACAGCGUGACCCAACUUUACGAGCUCUCCACGCCGGAGCCUUACUGCCAAAUCGAUGCGCUGGACGCGGUCGACGGCUGUGUAACAUAAGCCAGUAAAACACAAUGGGAACAAGCAUCCCAUUGCGGGAAUCAUUUCUUUGUGUACUCACAGCUGCUUUUUGCACGGAGGCACUGAGUGACUCUGCUGGCCGGCCAGAGGGCGCCCCCGAGCCGCGCUCGCCGAGUGACGAUGCCGCCUACCACCACGAGAGAAGAGAACAAGCGGGGACGAAACGCUCGCCCCCGCUCUCCCUCACUUUCGCUCCUCGGUGGCGUCGCCCCGUCAAAGUGCUCGGAGCUCCGACGCCGCGGCGCAUGUGCCUUGUGGCCGACACGGCGAGCUGCCUGCGUGGGGCCCGGCCUCGACGAAACCGAGAAUGCUUCGGGACCACCGGCGGCACGUCGCGGGCUUGCUCCUGCUCUCCCUCGGUCACAUCAUCUUAGCUGCCGGCAGCUCAGAAGAAGCCUCACAGAGUCGGGAAGAAGAUGCGCACGGGAUCCCUGCCAGGCAACUCGCUCUUCAGGAGGUUGUGUUCGUCAUCCGGAGUCAGAGCAACUCCUUCCACGCCAGGCAGGCGGAGAAACGGCGAGAGGAUUUGCUCCAACAGGCGCACGCUCGAUCAGAGAAACCUCCAGUGGUUUUGCUCCUUCACAGUGUGUCCGACAACGAGGGAGACUGGAGCGUCCUUCCUCUGCUGCCUUAUUUGUCUGGCUCUUUCGGGAAGAAUUCCUCGUGGAUCGUGUUCCUGGAAGAGGAGACCGGCGUGAAGACGUCGAGGCUCGUCGAAGCGCUCGCAAAGUUUGACGAGAAUAAAGAAUGGUUCCUCGGGAAGCCGCUCCACGACGACGAGUCGACCAUCAUCCAUCACUACGCCUUUGCCGAAAACCCCUCCGUCUUUAAAUACCCAGACUUCUCUGCCGCGUGGGCCUUAAGCAUCCCCCUGGUGGUCCGGCUGGCCAACAAAGUCCGAGAGGAGCCGCUUAAAUCGGACUUCACCAUUGACCUGAAACACGAGGUGGCCUUGUACGUUUGGGACAACGGCAACGGUCCUCAUCUGACCGCCGUGCCCCAGCUGUGCACGGACCGCGAGGACUCCCCUCGGGCCGAGCUGUGCGCCACCACGCUGAGACCCGAGCCUGCCCCUUGUGGGGAGCCGGUAAAAAAGGACAAUGUCUUUGUUGCCGUGAAAACAUGCAAGAAGUUUCACAGCGAGAGAGUCCCCGUCAUCAAGAAGACGUGGGAGAGAGACGCAGUCUAUCUGGAAUACUACAGCGACCAUGCCGAUGCUUCGAUACCGACCGUUGAUUUGGGAGUGCCCAACACGGAGAGAGGACACUGCGGGAAAACAUUCGCCAUCCUCAACAGAUUCGUGAGCGGCGACGUCCCCGGCACCGAGUGGCUCCUCGUCGUGGACGACGACACGCUGAUCAGCCUCCCCCGACUGCGAUCCUUGCUGAGCUGCUACAGUGCCUGGGAAGCCGUGUAUCUGGGCGAGCGCUACGGCUACGGCCUCAGCCAGGGCGGCUACGGCUACAUCACGGGAGGCGGCGGCAUGGUGUUCAGCAGGGAGGCGGUGGCGCGACUCCUGCAAAGCGGCUGCAAAUGUUACAGCGACGACGCGCCGGACGACAUGGUGCUUGGAAUGUGCCUCAACGCUCUCGGCAUUCCCGCCACGCACAGUCCGCUUUUCCAUCAGGCCCGGCCGGAGGACUACGCGGCGGACUUGCUCGCCCACCAGGUGCCCAUUUCUUUCCACAAACACUGGAACGUCGACCCCGUGGUCGUUUUCGACAAAUGGCUGAAGGACGGCGACCGUAAAACCUCAGCUGGACUCGACAACGAUAAAAGCGCCAAGACGGAGCUGUGAAUUAACAACCUGUAUGGAUGAGCGUGUUCCAGAUGUUGUAACAGUGACGCUACGAUGCAGUGUGUGCGGGACCUGCUUGCAUGUUACGAAUAUUGAUAUAUGUAUAUGUAAUGAACACCUUACAAAUGACAUUCUCUCUGUAAUGUUCACAAAAUAGCACUCUGCUGUGCUGUAGAAUCUAUUUUGAAAUAAAAUGUGUGCAUUUUUAACAAUGUGCUUUUUAAUCCCA